AUGAACAAUCAACAAUCUGCGCAAACGAACCGAUUCCCAGGAUAUAUCUAUGACAGUGCCCAUGACUUGGAUUCUUCCUUAGCCAAUCUGACAUUUUCGCAACCCGGUUAUUUCGGCGGCUCCGAGCACGAGAAACAUAUGAUAGGUGCCAACACUGCAAAGUACAACAAUGGCAUGUUGCCCCAGAAUCUGAACGUCUUAAACACAAGACCGUUGAAUUCUUUAUCACAAGGGCCUGCCGGUGGUAGAGACAAUUAUUAUUGGAAUCUAGAUCAACGAGACACGAAACCGGGACGCGAAAAUACGGCAGGUACGCUCACGGCCACUAGUAUUAUGGAUAGUACUAUGAAUACCACGAAGUCUGACUACAAUACUACUUUUGGCUCAUCUGAACAUCAGGAAAACCUUGAGUCUUUACAAUUGGAGUUGCAACUCAAAGAGACCCAAAUCGAGUCUCUGGAAACUGAGAUUCAGAACUUGAAACUGAUUUUUAAUCAAGGGCUUAGCUCAAAGCACGAGUAUGAUAAUCGAACCCCUUCAGCACCUGCGACAGACUCCACAGUAGAUAUGCCAGCUACUCUUGAAUUAAUUUUCCACAAAUUGUCUCGAAGCUUGGCGUCGAAAGAUAAGGAUCUCAAUGAGACCAAACGUAGACUCGAAAGUCUUGUUACAGCUGUCGCGCUCAAUCCCUCUAACUCGGUCACUAAGCUUGGUAGGUAUGACGAAGAAGCGCUUGCCCAUAAAAUGGUGGUUAGGCUUGAGACCUUGACGAAAGAAAAUCAAGAUAUGGCGAAGAUGCUAGGAUACGGCAGAUCUAAAGAGAUUCAUAUCGAAAUGGAACUUUUGAAAAAAGAGAACCAAGAUUUGAAACGGAAACUAUCGCAAGCUGAGCGCAAAGUUCUAAAAAACUGA